CUGUCCAUAACGCAACGCAAUUUGCGCAGAGCUCAGAGUAAUGGCGUCUGUGCGAGACAAGCUCACAAGACUCACAAAAUGAAGAGACGGAGGGGCUAUAAAUGUUAGCAGAGGGCCUUUAGAAGGGUUAGUGGGUGCGGGAUUGCAGUGAGACUUGACGGGAGUGGAGGACUUUCAUCUGUCGAGCGCGAUGAUAAAGCUGAAGUCCAAGCAGACGCGCACGUAUGACAGAGACGGCUACAAACAGCGCGCGGCCUGCCUGUGCUUCAGGAGCGAGCGCGAGGAGGAGGUGCUGCUGGUGAGCAGCAGCGGUCAUCCGGAGAGAUGGAUCGUUCCUGGAGGAGGGAUGGAGCCGGAGGAGGAGCCCAGUGUUGCUGCUGUCAGGGAGGUGUGUGAGGAGGCAGGAGUAAAAGGUACAUUAGGAAGAUUGGUAGGCGUUUUUGAGAACAGAGACAGAAAGCAUAGAACGUAUGUCUAUGUUCUCAUCGUAACCGAGGUUCUGGAGGACUGGGAGGAUUCAGUAAAUAUUGGGAGGAAGAGGGAGUGGUUUAAGACCGAAGAUGCCCAGCGUGUGCUACAGUGUCACAAACCUGUGCAGGCAUCUUACUUCGAAGCCCUUCAGCAGGACUGUAUGACCAGCAACGGCACGUCUCUGGUGGACACUUACAACAUGAAUCACAACUCUCUCUCCAGCAUCAGAUAACUAGCACAACAAACACAGAAGCCUCGGCAAAAUUCACCAUGAUUUUCAACCUUGUUCUCCCUGACUGAACUCCUAUUGCAACUAGUACGGUUUUUUAAUUUCAGCACAAUGAAAAUGAAAUCUGAUUGCCUUACCAGUCUUUUUAGUGUUCAGAUGAAGAUCACAGUCUGGGGUCA